CUCCCCUCUCCCCUCUCCCCCUUUGCCCCUCCAUUCCCCUUCCUCUUCCCUCUCCCCCUUUGCCCCUCCAUUCCCCUUCCUCUUCCUACCCUAUUUUCCAGGCACCAAGUUUCUUCCCUUGUCGAAUCAGCUCAUUUCUCCUAUCAAUGGCGGCUCAAGGAGAUGAGCGUUUGGUCCAGAAGAGCUAUUGGAUCGAGCAUUGUGCGGACCUCACCGUCGAGGCCAUGAUGCUCGACUCCAAGGCCGCGGAUCUCGACAAAGAGGAGCGACCCGAGGUGCUUUCUAUGCUCCCGGAUCAUGAGGGAAAAUCAGUUUUAGAACUUGGAGCAGGCAUAGGUCGCUUUACUGGCGAAUUAGCUAAGAAAGCCGGUCAGCUUGUGGCUCUUGAUUUUAUUGACAGUGCGAUCAGGAAGAAUGAAGCCAUAAACGGGCAUCAUAAGAAUGCAAAGUUUCUAUGUGCCGAUGUGACAUCGCCAGACCUGCCUAUUGCAGAGGAGUCGAUGGACUUGAUAUUUUCUAAUUGGUUGCUUAUGUAUCUUUCAGAUGAAGAGGUUGAGAGUCUGGCGCAUAGGAUGGUCAGAUGGUUGAAGGUUGGCGGAUAUAUUUUCUUCAGAGAAUCCUGCUUCCAUCAAUCUGGGGACUCCAAGAGGAAGUAUAAUCCAACGCAUUACCGGGAGCCCAGAUUCUACACAAAGGUUUUUAAAGAAUGUCAAUUGACUGAUGCAUCGGGAAAUUCCUACGAGCUCUCCCUUAUUGGCUGCAGAUGUAUUGGAGCUUAUGUCCGGAGCAAGAAGAAUCAGAAUCAGAUUUGCUGGAUAUGGCAUAAGAUCAAGUCGGAAGAUGAUAAAGGGUUCCAGCGGUUCUUGGACAAUGUUCAGUAUAAAUCUAACGGCAUACUGCGUUAUGAGCGUGUCUUUGGCCCAGGCUUUGUGAGCACGGGAGGGAUUGAGACUACCAAAGAGUUUGUGGAGAAGCUGGAGCUAAAGCCUGGCCAGAAAGUUUUAGAUGUCGGCUGUGGCAUCGGAGGAGGAGACUUCUACAUGUCUGAGAAGUACGAGGUUGAGGUUCUUGGCAUCGAUCUCUCAGUGAAUAUGAUUUCUUUUGCUCUCGAGCGUGCUGUUGGGCUCAAAUGCACUGUUGAAUUUGAAGUCGCUGAUUGCACCACCAAAGAAUAUCCCGAGAACUCAUUUGACGUGAUCUACAGCCGGGACACUAUCUUGCACAUUCAAGACAAACCUGCAUUGUUCAGGUCGUUUUUCAAGUGGUUGAAGCCUGGAGGUAAAGUUCUUAUCAGUGAUUACUGCAGAAGUCCUGGAACCCCUUCACCUGAUUUUGCAGCUUAUAUCAAGCAACGGGGAUAUGAUCUCCACGAUGUGGAGGCUUAUGGUCAGAUGCUCAGGGAUGCUGGGUUCAAUGAAGUCAUUGCAGAGGAUCAAACUGAUCAGUUUAUGAAAGUUUUGACAAGGGAACUGGAUGCUGUUGAGAAAGAAAAGGAAGCAUUCAUCAGUGACUUCUCUCAGCAAGACUAUGACGACAUCGUCAACGGGUGGAAAGCAAAGCUGGUCAGGAGCUCAUCGGGCGAGCAGAGGUGGGGCCUCUUUAUUGCCAAGAAGAACUGAGGACCGGACAGCCGGGGGUCCUAAUGGAUAUGCCAUUUAAUGGGUUGUGGGGUGUUAAUCACCACCAGAUCUCGUUUGAAGCUGGUGGAUAUGAUGUUUGCUCUGUUAGUUGGUCUCAUUUCUGAUUUCCAAUAAAGAAACUCCCUUCGGUAUGGGACUCAGAUCCGACUUUUGUUUAUGAAAAGAGUUCGAUUAUGGAAGCUUUUUUCUUCUGUUCUCUGGUUA